GUAAUCGACAUUAGUCAUCUGUUGUCUACGAUUUUCACAAUUUUCUCCAUAUCUGUAUUCGCGUGGAUCAAUUUUACAGAACAAACACAUUUAUAUGGUUCAUUUCUCGUCCUACUGCAACAACAUUUCAAUGUAGUCGAAAUAAUGGUUUUUAUACCAGGAGCACUUAUCAGAAUAUUACUUUUUGUUGGUCCCGCUUUAAUGUGGAAUAAAAACACACAAUUGAGGAAUUAUCGAAAUGAUUGGAAACGGUUUCAAGUAGAAAUGGAAAAAUUGAUGAAAAGUCCAUUCAAGUGCUUGGCGAAAAAUAAAAUCCGAGGUAUAUUCUCCAUUGGAAUUAUUUCUAUGAGUGGACUUGGUGUAUUAAUUCAAACCCGCCAAUGGCGUUCAGAUCAUCAUAGGCCGGUCGCAAGUACAUUUCCAGUUCUAUACAUGAUGAAUGGGACAGCUAACAUAGUGACAUACUGGGUGGUCAAUAACACGUAUAUGAUUUCUUCAACCAAACAAUUGAUAAAAUUAGUUCAAAGAAGCAUAAGUAAAGACAAUUACGCGGAUCUACGUCGUCUAAUUGAUUUAUGGGUGAUGCUCUGUGACUUAAAUGAACAAUUCAUCAACAGCCAUUCGAUUUUAUUCCUGUUUUUGUUUUGUUCAACUAUAAUAAUCGGAAUUAUUGGUGUUUUCUGUACUGUAUCUUUGCUGGUGCAUGGGGCAGAUAAAAGCAUUGGUUUAACGUACUUUAUUUCAACCAUCAUUUGCAUGCUAACUGUUAUGGUAUUUUGCGAAUCAGCAAAUUCAGUGACCAAAUAUAAGAUACACGAACUGAGGAUACAAUUACUCGAUGAAAAUGUGACCAACAAAGAUAAGAAAUUAAUACAAGUGAUCUCCUUAUUCCUCCAAACGAUAGAAACUAAGAGUCCUGAAGUUACUUUCUAUGGAUGUAUGACAGUUGAUCGUUCAAGUGUUUCUUCGGUUUUGGGAACAGCUAUCAAUUUUCUAGUGGUACUGAAGCAGUUCGGUCCAAAUCAGUUGAUUCAAGCAGUAAUGUAUGAGCGUGAAGUAAAACCACACGAGUGAAAAAAAUUAGGUACAGUAUUCUGGACAAUACCACAUUGUGUAGGCCUACACAUCUAAGAUUUGAAUAAUUUUUAUUAAAAAUAUUUUUGACACUUUAAUGAGGAUUUGUAAAAUAACGUCUUAUUAAAUUUUUUUUCAAAUUAAUAAAAA